GCCAAGAAUUUGUUUCUUUUUUUAUUUUCAUAUAUUUUUUCAAAUUUAAAUUAUAAUAAGUAGUUAGUGUAUGUAGUGUACUAGAAAAUUAUUAGUGUAAAUGAAUACAAUGGCUUACAGAGUGUUUGGGUGGUUUGGCCUUGUUUCUAUUAUUACUAUAGCCUUAUUAGGUUUUGGAAUGUAUUUAACGUUGAUUACUUUUAUAGCAUCCUUUCUGUUAGGUAUACUAACAAUAUUGUACCUGAGCUAUGAUAGCAAUAAAAUAUUUCCUGUUGGCAUAGAUUGCUUAGACAAUCCUCUUCAACAAACGAAUUUCUCCGUUCAAUGCUUCAAGGUGUUACAUCUAUUUAAAAACGAAACGCCUCUACCUAAGUUUGAUAGUAGAAUUACAGGCAGUGAAACUGUUGAUUCUUUUCUAAAUGAGAUUAUAACAAUUAUCAUGAAUGAUUAUGUAGUUCCCUGGUAUGAGAUGAUAACGAUAGACCAAGAGUUUACAACUUAUGCCAUUAAAAAAACUGUUGUGUCAGCUAGUGCUAAUGUAGCAAACCGAGUAAAGUGUGUUGAUUGGAUACACCUGCUCUCAACACGUUUUCCAGAAGAAUUAACAAUACACCUUAAGCUAUUUAAACAAUCAAGAGUCAGAUUAAAACAUGUACAAUUAUUGAGUGCCAAAGAUAUAAAUGGGGCUUUUAAACAGAGCCCCAAAAAAGUUGAUGAGAGAAAAACACAUCGAAGAAAUAAAAGUGAUACUGAUUUGAAUUGGCCCCCAGAUAGUUUCAUAAUGGGUAACUCCAAAUUCUAUGAUAGCUCAGAGAACUUGACUAGUAACAAUUUAAAAGAUAUAUUUUUUGACUUGGAGUGUUCUGUUGAAGACAAGAAAAUGUGCAGGGACACCUAUUGUAUGGAUUCAGAAAAAGAAUACACAUUAUUUUGUGAAGUAGCUGAGACAGUGUUGUAUCUUAUAGCGCCAGAAGAGGCGUGGCGGUGUCACGCUUUGAAAAUGUUUUUAAUAGAGUUACUCUCCUCUGUCGUAUUGAAGCCGUUGAUUAGUUUACUGAGCGAUCCAGAUAAUAUAAACAGAACUAUUAUAAGAUUGUGUUGUAAAGACUCGUGCCUGUCAUCGGAGCUUUUUCUCAUGGUGAUAAGAUGUUGUACUGACGCUGAAGAGUUGGACGCGACAUUGGAACUCGUUCAAAAAGAUAUACAAAAACUUCACUCACGAGACAGCGCCGGGGAGUGGGAGCUGUCGGAUCGACAGAAGCUGUCGUCGCUGCAGUACGUCGCACGCAUCAUACAGGCUAGGAGAGCGACCCUCGGACCGCAAGAAGGUUCAUCUACAAGCGCCAGUAGCGAGAUAAUAUCGGAGGAUGUGGCGAGAAGUCUAAAGUUUUUACGAGCCAUCGCCGCUUGGAGGUCGAACGCGCAGUACUUACUAGAGAUCGAAUUGAACGAAGCAGACGCCGACACGUCGCGCGCCGUGCUCGAGAACCUCCGAUCCUCGGCGCUCGAGCUCUGCGACACGUAUCUCUCCCCCAGCCGGCCCACGGUGUUGGGCGUGGGCAACUGCCACGCGGAGCUGGUGCGGAAGAUCACCACCGACGGGGAGGAGUUCACCACUAAUCCGGUCACGUGCUUCGACGACGUGCAGAAGUGCGUGUGUGAUGCGCUAGAGGAUGAUCCUGCAUGGCAAGCUGAUUUUAUGAUGGAAGAUUCAGAGAGCCCCGAACAUACUAGCAGUUCAGACUUGAAGAAUGAUGCGAAGGGAGAUAAAAAAUAUGGAGAAAAAUGCAAGAAAAUAAUGAAAACGUGUUUGAAUCGAUUGCCAAAAAUAUUCCAUAAGUCGAAACAUUAUAAGUACCACGUCCCGAACAAGGCUUCCACCUUCCCCCGCUAUGUGAGAAGACUGACCAGUAACAAGAAUCACACCAUACCUAAACGUGCCUGUGACUUGGUUGUACCGUCUACGUCGAGACACAAUCGGUCGAGGUCGGACAUAGUUGGUAACUUUGCAGAAAAAAUGAUGAAUGAUUGUGCAGGUCCGUCCAAUUUGAGAUCAGCCAAUACUAGCAAUCUAUCUCUUUCACACUCAUCGAUCAGUCAAAGCGCAAAAAACAUGAUGUCGCCAUUAUCGGCCUUGAUUAUUGAAACCGCUCUAGUCCAAGAGAAGGGUCGUGCGUUCGGCAUAUAUGCUAUAGCGGUGACACGUGCCAGCGACAACGAGGUGUGGCACAUAUACAGGCGAUAUAGCGAUUUCUACGAUUUACACUGCGCAAUCAAGGACAAGUGGCCCGAACUAGCUCACCUCCCGUUCCCGGCGAAGAAGACGUUUCAGAACACAUCACGCAGCGUGCUGGAGAGCCGCAAGCGCACGCUCAACAACUACCUGCAGAGCCUGACCGCGAUAUCGCGGGACGCGCGCUACCUGGCGCUGCUGUCGCCGGAGUACCUGGGCGGCUUCCUCAGCCAGGAGAGCCACACCGAGCGGCACGGGAACACGAUCGACGCGUUGCUGGUGAACUCUGUGAAGGCGGGCAUCAGAACUCUGAAGAGUAUGCCGGACCAGUUCGCCAACACGGUGGAUGGAGUAAUGGACGGAAUAUCAAAAGUGUUUCAAGGAAAGGGAGAAGAAAAUUAUUACGAAGGCUUAAAAAGCGGAUUGUCCUCGGACGUACAAGAUGAUGACGAAAGUGUACCACUUAAGUUGCUAGAAGAAGUUUUAGGCAUUCGGGGUUUGUGGCUGCGGCGGCGGCUGCUCGCGCCGCUGCGAACACUCAUAGCGGACCGCGUUAAUAGAAAGGUGUUGGAGUUUGUGUCGUCGCUGACAUCUCCACGGAACGUCGUGCAGUAUCUAAAAACAUUCAAGCAAUGGCUGACGAGCCGCAACAGCCCCGGCGGCGCGGUGCGGGACGCCGCGACGCGGGCGCGCACCAGAGUCGCCGCCAAGGUCGCGCUGCUGUCGCUAGCCUCAGACGACCUAAAGCACAUAGUGGGAACGGACGCGGCGCGGCGCGGCCUGCUCACCGUGUUUGACCUGUGCCAGGACCAGGACAUCAACCGGCGAUUGAUGCUGGUGCUGCUAGAAGCAACACUAAGCAACCUGUUCCCCGACAACAACAUACCGGAGUUAUUCAGGAAGAUGUACUCGCACUCGCCCAGAGUUAAGACGAAGAAAUCUGUGAAAGUAUGAAACGGACCAAAAGCCGGUUUAGAAAACAUAGUACAGAUAAUAGCUGAUUGUGAAAGUUUUGUGUUGAUGGACAAACGAGCCAAGUUAUUCCAAAAAGAAUGUACUUUGUUGAGAAUCCAUCUAAAUGUAAAAAUAUACUUCAGUAAGUAUUGGACACUUACUACUGGCGCCAUUUUGAAAUUACAAUUAGAUCAAAAUAAAUUCGGAAUAACACUCCCUUUUCAUAAUUUUUUUAUGAAUGGGAUACACUGACCUCUGUAAUACACUGGAUAGGCUAUGCCGUACAAAAUGACAGUUAUUUUUUGUGCCGAUUUGAAGCGCCGCG